AUGGCUAGAAGUAUUCGUGCCAGUGUUGGUAAGCGCAACCGUGCCAAUUUGCGCAAGGUCUUCUUUGGCCCCGUGGUGGACGCCCGCACCGAGCGACUGGCCGCCAAACUCCAAGAAAUCGCAUCGCAACCUCGACCCCAGGUUGAGAAGUCCGAGAUGGAGUUGGAGGAAGAUAAAAAUGAGAUGGAUGUCGAUACCAAGGUUUCAACUUCAAAGACCCGAUCUAAGUCCCGGGUGCAGAAGAACAAGAAGCCCCGCAACUCGAUUGCUUUCAAGCCUCACCCUGCUAAGGGUAAGGGCAUCUCCAAGAGGAAGUGA